AACGGCGGUGGCACACGCUCUCCCGGUGCCGGAAGUGGGCCGGAGAAGCGCCGGGCCCGCGCGCACGCACACACUCGCCCGCUGUCCGCACCAUGGGUAGGCCGCGCCGGGCCGCGCCGCGCCGGAGGCUGCCGAAGGCGGAGGAGGAUGCCGGGGAGGAGCCCGCCGGGCCGGAGCCGGGCCCGCUGGCCUCGCAGAGCUUCACGGACGAGGUGGACGAUUUCCACGAGGCGCGGUUCGAGGCGGUGAUGGGGGCGCUGGGGAGCGAGGAGGAGGCGGAGGAGGAGAGCGAGGAGGAGGUGCUGGGGCUGGAGCUGCCGGAGGAGAGCGAGGAGGAGGAAGAGGAGGAGGAUGGGGAGGAAGAUGAAGAGGAUGGGGACCUGUCUAUGCACAGUGACCUGGAGGAGCCAGUCAGCGGCUCCGGCCUCCCCCACGAGCUCUCCUGGGGGCAGCGCAAGCAGCUCUAUUAUGACACGGACUACGGGGCCGCGGCCCGCUCGAAGAGCAAGCGGAGCCGCGAGGAGGCCGAGGCCGAGGAGCUGGAGGAGGAGCAGGAGGCUCAGGCCAUCCAGAAGCGUCUGGCGCAGGCCUUGGGCGAAGACGACUACGGGCUGGACCUGGUGCAGGCCUACGCGGAUGAGCAGCGCAGCACCCAGCGGCUGGAGACGGGGCCGAAGAUUGCCAAGGAUUUGGAGACACUUUCUAGAAAGGAGCAACUGAAGCUGCUGAAGCAAGAGUCACCUGAGCUGCUGCAGCUGAUUCAGGACUUUGAAGCCAAGUUAACUGAGCUCAAGGAUGAAUUGGAUCCACUCAUGCACAUGGUCAGGCAUGGGAUCAUCCCGAAGGGAAAAGGUAGCCGUUACCUGCAGACCAAGUAUCAUCUCUAUUUGAAUUAUUGCACCAAUAUCAGCUUCUACUUGGUUCUGAAAUCAAAGAGGAUUCCAGUUCAGGGCCACCCUGUUAUUGAAAGACUGGUUGCUUACAGAAAUUUAAUCAAUGACUUGGGGAUUGUGGAUGAAAAGUUAUCAUCAGAAGUCCAGUGGCUCCUUAAUGAGCUCCACAAUAAUGAAAGAAAUGAUGUAGGAGGAAAGAAGAAACCCACAAUGCUUCUUCAGAGAACUGUUAACAAAAAUAAACCAAAAUCUGCUCCUAAGAUUUCUAAUGUUGAAGCUGCUGCUAAAGAACCAAGAGAUGAUUCAGACUUAGAUGAAGAGGCUGCCUUGAAAUUUUACAGGGAGAUGGAGGAGAAGAUGAAACUCAAGAGGAAGAGAAGAAAAGAUCAGAAUGCUAUGGAAGAGGAACUGGUUCUCGAAGAAGAUCCAAAUAAAAAGAGAGGUAUAACAUAUCAGAUUGCCAAGAAUAAAGGCCUUACACCCAAAAGGAAGAAGAUUGAUCGUAACCCGAGAGUCAAGCAUCGUGAAAAAUUCAGGCGUGCUAAGAUUCGUAGAAAGGGCCAAGUUCGUGAGGUUCGAAAAGAAGAACAAAGAUAUGGUGGUGAACUGUCUGGCAUUCGUGCUGGAGUUAAGAAAAGCAUAAAGCUUAAAUGAUUUCCUCUGCAAUUUGUGGACCUGAAGAUAGUGGAUGUGAACACAAUAAAUCAUUUCUAAAUAGAACAUUGUGGGUUUUGAAAUACUUAUUAAUGUAGAAAGUAUUCUGGUUUUUUGUUUUUGUUUUUAACAGACUGUUCAACUACCCCUUUAAUUGUACACCUCUCUAAAAAUAACUCUGAACACUCAGUCCUGUGUACAGGAGCUAUUCCCUGUAUCACUGUCUUUUACUGUAACUCCCUAUACAGUGUUAUUCACUGAGAAGCAGAAAGAGUUGUGAAGGAAGGGAGUGAAAUACAGAUGAUGGGGUGGGAAUCAGGUUGGGUAGAACUUUACAGAGGGUGCCAAAGGAUUUGGCAAUUGGGAAUAGACUUGGCAGCAUCUGCAAAAAGAUUCUGUGUGGAGAGGGAGUUGGGGAAUAAAACGUGUGUAGCUACCAUUGCCAUCUCCUUUACCUAGAUUGUUGCCUGUUUCUCUGGUCCAGUAACUGUGAUGAGCUGUAGAAUUAGGUGCUUGCUAUGGUAGUUCCUCUAAUGGCUGCUAUACUUUGCUCCCACCUUUCCUCUGGUUCUUUGGAAAAUUGUAGAUGAGAUAAGAAUUAGAUAAUCUAAUUAUUCAAAGGAAUGAAUCACAAAAAAGAAAAAAUCUUAGGUCUAGUAAACAAUAAUUAGCAAUUCAGUAGAAAGCUGCAACCUUCACAAGUUUAUGUAUUUUCUAUACUCAGUGGGCCAAUUUAUUUUUAAAAUUAUUUAGUGGUUAAACAGUUUAACCCAUUGUUACCUUAUUUCUUUGGCCUGGUGUGUACUACCAUUUUAGUAUUUGGUUGUCAGCAAUCUUUGUUAUUUGCAUUGGUGCUGAGCACAGUUGAGGUAUAAGCAGAGACAAGGGCAAACUGACCAGCCCCAGUUCAUUUAAAAUCAUUAACUUUUGCUAUAACCUCUGCUCUGUUUUGUCCGUGUCUGUACUCACAGCUAAAUCAUGCUAAGUGCUGAGGCAGCAAAAACAAUUAGGAAACAGUACUGUUUCUACAAUGUAGAUGCCUUUAAUUUACAAAAAAAAAAGCCCCCUUUUUUUUUUAAACCUUACAACAACUUUCAAAGUCUCCUAUUUUUUCCAUGCAUUCUAACGUAGUACUGUAUUUCCUGUGUUUUAAUCUCAGACUGAAAGUCCUGCUGGGAAGUAUCAAUAAAAUGACAGUUUCAUUUGAGAGACUGACGGUUCUGGUUAUGCUGAAAUAGUGACAGGUGUUUAUAAACGUCUCUUGAAAAUGUGACAGUGUAACUUGCACCACUGUGAGCCAUAUCCUGAGAGAUGCUGAACAUAUACAAAUCUAGUUUUGGGUGCUCAUGUCUCAGGAUGGCAAGUCUGGCUUGAUUUUUGUCAUAGGUUAGCAGUGUAUGAAAGUCAUUAUAAUCUGUCCAGUGGUUUAUGUGAAAUGAGUGGAUUAGUGGACAUAUGGCCACAUUACAAAACCACUAUUGUAAUUAGUAGCCUUGUGACAAUCUCCGUGGGGAAUCCAAGAUUUGAAAGUGUAUCAUAACUAAAUCAGUAUUCUGCUUUUUAGGCUGUGACAGGUUAACAAUAAUCUAAAUGUAUGAGCAUUCCAUAAAUGGUAUAUACAGCAUCACUGAAAUGUGUAGUUCCCUCUGGAAUGUAGGAAGGCAACCAGCUGCUGUACAGCAAUGCUGCACAAUGGUAACAUGUCAGUGACGCAGUUCUGUUUUUCACACUUGGCAUAGUCUUUGGUUAUGUAAUAAUACUGCAGAGAUGACACAUUCUCUUUAUAUUAAAUUUGUAUGUUUGAGUUCA